UCAAUCGAUUUAGAUUUGUUUGAUUGGUUCUAAGUUUUAAUUUUAUGGUGAUUUAUAUAGUCCUGUGAUAUAAAUUUCCUUAAACUAAUUUCUAUAGAAUACGGUGUUGAUACGUAUUUUAAAGUGUAACUUUUCAGUACGUAAAUAUGUCUGAAAAACCAGUUGUAGCUAGUGGAAAUCAGCCUAUCGUGAAGAUAGGUCACUAUACUUUAGGCGCCACUCUUGGAGUAGGAACGUUUGGUAAAGUAAAAAUAGGUGAACAUCAGCUUACCAAACACAAAGUCGCUGUAAAAAUUUUAAACAGACAGAAAAUAAAAUCACUAGAUGUUGUUGGCAAGAUAAGACGUGAAAUUCAAAAUUUGAAACUGUUUCGUCAUCCCCACAUCAUUAAAUUAUAUCAGGUAAUAUCAACACCAACAGACAUCUUUAUGAUAAUGGAAUAUGUGUCUGGUGGUGAGCUCUUUGACUAUAUUGUCAAACGUGGUAAACUACAAGAGCAUGAAGCCAGAAGAUUCUUCCAGCAGAUCAUAUCUGGUGUUGACUAUUGUCAUCGUCACAUGAUCGUACAUAGAGAUCUUAAGCCAGAGAAUCUCCUAUUAGACCAUAAUAUGCAUGUGAAAAUUGCGGAUUUCGGUCUAUCUAAUAUGAUGUUGGAUGGUGAAUUCUUACGCACAUCUUGUGGUUCACCAAACUAUGCUGCACCAGAGGUUAUCUCAGGAAAAUUAUAUGCAGGCCCAGAAGUAGAUGUGUGGUCUUGCGGGGUCAUCCUCUACGCUUUACUAUGUGGUACACUACCAUUUGAUGAUGAACACGUACCUACAUUGUUCCGGAAGAUCAAAUCUGGAAUAUUCCCAAUUCCAGACUAUUUAAACAAGAGUGUUGUGAGUCUUUUAUGCAUGAUGUUACAAGUUGAUCCAAUGAAGCGAGCGACAAUCGAGGAUGUUAAGAAAUACGAUUGGUUCCAAAAGGAUUUACCGGAUUAUUUGUUUCCAUCACCUGUGGAGCAGGAGAGUGGGUUUGUGGAUGUAGAAGCGAUCGCAGAAGUGUGCGAGAAGUUUGGUGUAAAAGAACAGGAAGUGCACACUGCGCUGCUCAGUGGUAACCAACACGAUCAGCUCGCAAUCGCCUACCAUCUGAUCAUAGACAAUAAGAGGAUUGCUGAUGAGGCGGCUAAAGCUGAAAUCAAAGACUUCUAUAUUGCCGGUCAUUCACCGCCCAACACAGCGGAGCCAACACGACCUCAUCCCGAGCGCAUCGCGCCCAUGCGUAGUAAGGAGUCACCGAGUGCUUUACCUGCACAGGACAAACAGAGAGGCACACCUGUUAAAAGAGCGAAAUGGCAUCUCGGUAUAAGAUCUCAGAGCAAACCAAAUGACAUAAUGUUGGAAGUGUUCAGAGCUAUGAAAGCGCUGGACUAUGAGUGGAAAGUCAUCAACCCAUACCAUGUUAGGGUACGGACAUUAAACAAAAAGACGGAUAAAUUCGUUAAAAUGUCAUUACAACUGUACCAAGUUGAUUACAAAUCGUACUUACUCGAUUUCAAGUCGCUCUCCAGCGAGAAGGAGGAGUAUGAUGAGGACUCUGCGUCCACAUCAGUGGCUUCCACACCCCCCAACCCUAUGACCAUCCCAACAGCACCUCAAGGUCAUCAUACUAUGGAGUUCUUUGAAAUGUGUGCAGCCCUUAUAAUACAACUUGCACGAUAAUAAAAAAAAUUAUAUCUAAUCCAUACCAGAAA